AUGGUUGACAUACCUGUUGACAAUUUGGUCAUUCAACUAGCUGAUGACACUGAUUCGGUGGAAACCGACGCCGCCAGCGAGUGUGAGGAUGCUCCAUUGGGACUGUCAUCCGUAGCAGCUGUUGGUUUUCAGGCACACGAUAUAAAGAAAACUGCGCAUAGCAGUGGUGAGACACUGGUAUUUAGCACAACAACGUUUGACAUAGGUUCCGGAUACAACAACAAGACUGGGGAAUAUGUUACACCUGUCGCCGGAAUAUACAUGUUCACAUUGCAGCUGUGCAUGAGUAAUAAAAAGUAUUUAUACUUUGAAAUUGUUUCUGGAAAAUCUGCUAUUCUAAAGGGUUGCAUGCAUGACGACGGCGAUGGAACCUAUGGUUGCCAAACAGCUACAACUGUAGCGGUGCUAGGUGCAAAGGAAGCUGUGUCGAUAAAGAGCGAAUCAACUAGCAGUGAAAGUGAUAUUAAGAAGGAAUCGGGAGUCUGGAAUAGCUUUUCUGGUGUUCUGAUUAGCGCGAUCGCCAAAUAG